AUGUAAUUGAAAAUUGUUAUAGACAAGUUCACCCAAAUACAUUUUAAUACAAGAUAUCAUUAAAAAUCAAUCAAAAGGCUAAACCCUGAAUUCUAUAUUCAAUCAAAUUAAAAUUUCAUUAUGAAUCUGAAACAGGAAACAUUUGGUUUGUCAAACUUGGAAUAUUGA